GAAGAAUACUGCCACGUCAAAACCACGCCCGACCUUCCCAUCCGCAAGGCAGUCAGGAUGUCCAUGUCUAUUCCAGGACUGUUCCAGCCUGUGUUGACUGACUACCAUGGGGAUAAAGACUUCUACGUUGACGGGGGUGUAGUCUGUAACUACCCACUACACUGUUUUGAUGGUUGGUGGCUCUCCAUGAAGGAGGAAGAUUCCUUCUUUAACCGGCUGGUAGAUCUGACCAACCUCAGUAAGGCCCUGCACAGGUCGGAGCGCUUCGAGCCUCUCAACCCGAAAACGAUCGGACUCAUGCUGUAUUCCGAUGACGAUGUUGAGAUAUUCCAGCAAGACUUCUGUGAUCGUCUGACGCAGGAGGAGAGGGAGUAUGAGAGGAACAGGCCUGAUACUGAGGCCGCAAGGGCAUACUCGGACAAGCGGAAGAUGGAAACUGUCGAUGCGAUGGAGAACAGGAAGAAGAUGCGCGCCCUUAUCGACAAAUUUUUGACAUCUCUGAAGAUUCAAAACACAGACCACAACGCAAGCAUCAGCAGGGAUGAACUGCACAGAGCUUUUAAGGAGGCAGAGAUCACGUCGCUAACGGAUGGCGAAAAGAAGAAGCUGUUUGGCAAGGGACAUUACGUCGACCAACUUUUUGAUCAAAUGGAUGCGGAUAAGGAUGGACAGACAGUUGUAAAUGACAUAUCUCUCUAA